UCUGCUCUUUAAUGUGUAGGAAGCCUAGUAGAGGAGGUGGGGGGUUUAGCUUGUGUGUUUGUGACAUGCAGUUUAAUCUUCAACUGGCCAUUAUAUAUUCCUGAAAGCAUCUUGCUGCCUUUGCUUCCCAUUUCUACUGGCUUUUUAGUGUUUCAGGGAUCAAAGAUGUUGGGUCCAUCACAAGUCAGAAGAAGGUGGAGGCUGACAGGAAAGCCGCAAGGGAUUUGACAAGAACAGUCUUUGCUCUCUUUACACAACGAGAAGAAGCUCCUGAGGAAUGGCCCUCGGGGAGGCAACUCUUUCAACUCUGCUGGUCCUGCUAAGUCUGCACACAGUUGCAGGUAUGUCUGGCUGGUCUGAAUGCUCAGGUGGGCAGGACGUGUUAACAAAAAUCAAAGAAAACAGCCUCUCAGGAGACACUGUCGCUGAGUUUGUGGCAAACUCCGACCCGAAAGGGGUUCGGUGGAGUCUGUCUGGGAGGGAUGCUGACUGGUUCUACUUAGACGGAAGAAACAUCCGGCUGAACACGUCAGCUGAAAAAAUCCUUGACCGAGAGGCUCUUGGUCCGGUCUUAAUGGCGGAGUUAUCAUGUUUUGAGGAAGAGAUGUUUCAGACUGUUUACAGAGUCAUGGUGGAGAUUCUUAAUGAGAAUGAUAAUUUACCCAUGUUUUCAGAAAAAAGUGUACAAUCACUUACUUUGAACGAGCUCACUCCAGUAAAUACUGUGGCUUUUACUGUCCAAGCCUUGGACGCUGAUGAUGAUAGGAUACUUUACUCAAUUGACCAAACAAGCCCUGAUGCCGAGUACUUCAAGAUUGAUCUGCCAAAUAGUGGUGAGGUGAUCCUUUCCAAACCGCUGGAUUAUGAGACCAAAACUCAGCUCACUGUCACCAUCUACGCUUCUGAAAUGAACACUGCUGAGCACUACAACACCAGCACCAAUGUCAACAUCCUGGUUCAGGAUGGAGAUGACCAGUACCCACAGUUUGUGCCCUGUGUGCUGCUGUUCCAGGAUGAGACCAGUCGAAUCUGCACCAGUCCUGUGUACAUGGUCAAUGUCACAGAGGGAGAAGAGGAUAUUGUGCUGGAAUUUUCUCCGGGUCCCAUUCAUGCAGUGGAUGGAGAUAGAGGUGUCAAUUCCUCCAUCAGCUAUGCCAUUCUCUCAGAAGAUGAAGAUGGGCAUUUCAGUAUCAACAGAGAGACCGGUGAGUUGAGACUAAUGAAGGGUUUAAAGGACAGACUCAUAACUCCUGUUGUGCAUCUUCAAGUCAUGGCGUACCAGGACGAUGAUCCCAGGAAGUACUCUGUUGCGACAGUGCUGGUCAGAGUUCUGGCAGCGAACCAGUUUCAUCCAGAGUUUGAGCUGCCUGAAUAUUGCGGCUUCGUCACAGCUGGGAAGAGUGCAGCCUCUCUGGUCAAUACAUACGGAAGCAGGGCUCUGAUUUUAAAUGUCCAGGACCAAGACUUUGACAAUGGUUUCAAUCCAAUGGUCUACUUUGGCCUUGGUGCUACAUCCAACCACACUGAUAUUUACCAAGUUACACAGAGCGGACUCCUGAUCGCAAAGACCAGUCUUCUCAAGCCAAAGCAGAAGCACAUUCUGGAGGUUAUGGCUGUAGACCAGGAAUCCGGUGACUCUGCUUAUUCUACGGUAGUAGUGGAAGUGUUACCUGAAGGACAACUGAUCCCUUACAGUCCUCUGGUAAAUGAACGCCUGACAGGCUGCACUGUGGGCAAAGGACUUUUCCUGAGCAUGGUGUUCCUGGGUGCAAUUGGCUGUGUCCUGUCUGUGUUGAUGUGGUUGAAGCGGAAACACAAAGGAAUGAGAGACCCGCUGGAGAGAGGCUGUGUAGCCCAGGGCAAGCACCCCAAUGUGAGUUUACGCUGGUUCCAGCUGGUGAAUCAUCGUACUGGCAUGCCACAUAUGGAGGAGGUAUCCUUCCAAAAUGAGGAAUGUGGUACCUGCAAUCUUUCCUUUAGCUUCCCAGACAAACCAGACAGUGAUACCACAAAGGAUGUUCCUAUCUGCACAGGAUCCACUUCACCAACAGCAGCUGGUGUUACUGAGACCCCCGCUCCCCUUCCCACUGAAAGCUUGCAAAGUCCUGUGAUUCUAAAUAACAAUGCUUCUAAGGCCACCAAAAUUUCCUGUGGUUCACCUGACUGUCACCCUCCCAAGGAGGAUAUGAGCCCAACACAUGUGAUAGAUGCUGACAGGCUGCCAAAGGGAAAUGCUGGCCCACCGUGUGACGUGACCUCAGGGCCUUCAGAAGAACAGUCUAACACUGAUUUAGAGCCAGUAACAAAGGAAGACUUUAACCCUUCUCCUUUAAAUGAGCAAGAUGUGGAAACAAGCGCCUCAAACAACCUUGCUGAGCCAGCACCCUGCCCCUCCUCCCCAUCCAGCAAUGAAAUGACUUCAGCAAAAAUGGACAACACACUUCCAAAAACUAAUGAGCAGAUUCUCUCACAUUCGCCAUCACUGUCACCAGCACUCCCCAAGGAGACAGGUACACCUCCUUCCACCCCGGAGCACGGCCCUUUAAAAGCCACUUUGGUGCACAUAGCCACAUCCCCAACUGACACCCCUCCAGAUUCUGAGUCAGAGUCAUUCAGAGUCUGUCCAGAGGGAACAGGACAGACUCUGAACGCUGAGGCAGACCAACCCUCCACCUCCCUGGACCACAUAUAUCCAACAGAAGAUGUCGGAAGCCCAUCUCCGGACCGGAGGCCCUCGACAAACUCAGGAAAUACCUUCAACAGUCGUGGAGAGGAGCAUGAGGAUGAGGAUGGUUUUCUAGGUGAUGAUGAUGUGGACAAAAACAGUGACGAUGCUGAGAGUGACCGAACAGAGUUCAGAAGAUGGAGCAGGUGAAAUAAAUAUGGAUGGUUAAGAGCUGAGCUAAGCGUCAAGGAAACAAAAAACACCGGACAGGUUCUGCUGAGAAAUGGAUUACAACCCAGUCAGUACUAGAAGAAAUAAACAUCAAGCAACACAAAAUCAAGUGGAGAAAAUGCACAAUGCUUACUCUACAUAUUACAGUCUGUUUAGAUAACAUUAACUAAUGACAACCUAAUGCAGUUGACAGGAGGUAUUUAAAGAAAUUUGUUUUGUCAUUGUGACCGAUUUUUUUUUUUUAAACUUCACCAAAUAUUCAUACUUGUCAGUGAAUGACUACUGACCUUUUUCCAUGUUGGCUGGUUUCCAAACUUUGCGUUUAUGAAGUCAGAAAAAGCUUUUAAAUGUAAUAUUUGUUUUUCAACUUUAUUAUUUACCUCAAGGUUUGUUUUACAUUAAUGUGAUCAUAAUAUUUCUUUUAUGAGCAAAAAUAUGUUAAAAGUAAAUAUAUAAAAUAUAUAUUCAUGUUUAAUUUUAUUAUUUGCACAUGUUAAAACUAUUUGUCCUCUUUAAUAUAAUUUGCAAACUAUGGUUACCAUUUCAUCAUGGUUGUAAAAUGAUUUGUAUGAAACAUUUAAUUUCAGGGCAUUAAUAAAGCCUUUGAGUCUAAAAAAGUGUUUAGUUUACAGUAACAAAAGGAAGUUUGUGCCGUUUAUAGGUUUUAAUCAACACAUCAAUAGUUGCACUUUAACUUAAAGAUGUAUAAUUAAUAACCCCUGAUGUUUAUCUUGAGUGUGCUUGGAUAGGUAGAUCUAACCCAUUCCCUAAAGCAGGAAUGUUCCCACUAUAAGACAAAGCUGCUCAAGCUUUGUCUUACAGAUGCUGAGAGUAAAAACCCAGAACUACAAGAUAUAGAAAUUUGCCUGAACUUGUGUGACUUGUUAAACUUAGGAAAGUUCACCAAUUGUUUUGUCAUUCACACAAAUUAAAUGAAAUGUUUCUGCUCUUUGUAACUCAAAAUGCAAUACAACGAUGAACAAGAAAUUUAACUCGAUUGUUUGAGUUAAAUGCUGAUGACCUGAAGCCAGCCAUUAUAUUUCUAUGUUGUCAAACAUUUUCUUAACAGAAAUUCUAAAGUUAUCUUUAAGUUUUUAGAUGAC